AAACAAUGAAAAUUUAAAGCAGAACCAUAAAAGUUGAUAAUCAAUGUCACAAAGCUAUUUCCUCUGAAAGCAUUCGUUACAAUUUAUCGUUUCUGGUAAUGUAAUAUUCAUAUACUUCUUUGUCUCUACUCUCCCUGAAGAGAAACUUUUUUUCCGUGCACUCUUACUUUAACCCAUUUUCCACCUACCCAACAUUUUCAACUGAUUUUCGAUCUUCAGAUUUGAAUUUGAGAAUGCACAAAGUAUGGAUCAUAUCAGGUGGUAGACAUGAUUCCUGAUUCCCGUUAUCACCCAUAUAUCAUGGUUGUGGUGGAAAUGAAUGCUGCUGCUGCAUAGUGCAUACUGAUGGAGACUACCUCAGCAGAAAAAAUAUUGUAUCAGUAUUGCAACUGAUGAAAGUGUAUGCAAUUGCUAUGGAAGAAACACAUGCCCAGUAUUAUUCUUCUAGUCCAUAUGAAUCUUCGUUAUCUCAUGAUGGGGGUGGGAGGUCUUAUAAUUGGCAAAUGAAUCGUGGGACUGGAAUAUCAGGCCUGAAGAAGAGAGGUCAUGGAAGUCGUUCUUGGAUUAAAAUUGGCCUGGAUGGGAAUUCUCAGACUCUGACACUUGACAAGGCUACUAUAAUGAGGCAUUGUUCUUUGCCUUCUAGAGAUCUCCGGCUAUUGGAUCCAAUGUUCAUUUAUCCUUCUACAAUAUUAGGACGGGAGAAGGCUAUUGUAGUCAACCUUGAGCAAAUCCGGUGUAUAAUCACUGCUGAUGAAGUAAUCCUGAUGAAUUCAUUGGAUGGCAGCGUUGGUCAGUACAGGUCAGAGUUAUGCAAUCGGCUUCAGAAUGAAAAAUCUGAUGAUCUGCCUUUUGAAUUCAGGGCACUGGAGUUGGCUCUGGAAUUGACAUGCACUUCUUUGGAUGCUCAGGUAAAAGAACUGGAAAUGGAAAUAUAUCCUGUGCUAGAUGAACUGGCCUCAUCUAUCAGUACUCUCAAUCUAGAACGUGUUCGAAGAUUUAAAGGUCAUUUGCUUGCUUUGACUCAACGAGUUCAAAAGGUUCGUGAUGAAUUAGAACAUCUCAUGGAUGAUGAUGGUGACAUGGCUGAGAUGUGCCUAACUGAAAAAAAGAGAAGAUCAGCAGACGGUUACACUUUUAAUGAUUGUUUUCAAACUCGUACAUCAAAUAGAGUCAUUUCAAAAUCUGCUCCUGCUUCACCAGAGCGAUCAAUUAGUGGAGUCCAGAUGUUACAAAGGGCUUUGAGCAGCAUUGGAAAUUCCAGUAAACAUGGUAGUUUAAUGGGUUCAUCUGAUGAUGGGGAAAGGAUUGAGCCACUGGAAAUGUUGCUUGAAGCAUACUUUGUCGUCAUUGAUAAUACUCUCAACACAUUAUUGUCGCUCAAAGAAUACAUUGACGACACAGAAGAUUUUAUCAACAUAAAAUUGGGAAAUAUUCAAAACCACCUAAUACAGUUUGAGUUGCUUCUUACAGCAGCUACAUUGGUGGCUGCAGUAUUUGCUGCUGUAGCAGGAGUAUUUGGAAUGAAUUUUGAAACUACAGUUUUUGACUAUCCAUCCGGAUUCAAUUGGGUUUUGGUAAUUACUGGAAUUGCUUGUGUAUCAUUGUAUUUCGCCCUCCUAUUCUAUUUUAGGUACAAGAAAGUGCUUGCAGCAUAAACUUCCAACAGCAGUAAAUUGAGUGUGCAUUCUACGAAAGCCAAAUUGGUCAAGGUGACAGCUUAUUGUCAGAUAUACCCAUAAUCCACUGCUUGACAUGGCUAGAUCUACAUUGAGGCUUUGACCAUUUUGUCUAUCAAGAUGCCAAUGUUAAACUUGGGCAACUAUCCUUGGUGCAGGCCAAGAUGUCUCUAUAAUCCCGUGAUAUUUUGAAGGAGUCAUAAACCUUCCCAUCUCGGCUCUUCUUGUACUCAAACAACAAAUUUGAAUGAUCAAAUGCAGUUAGUUUUACAAACCCAUAAUCAUAAUCUUUAAAGAUACUCCAUUUGGUUUUGAGGGAAGUAAAUGUUGAAAGGCUUGCUCCACCACCACCAGCAACAAUAUGUAUGGUUCCAUUUGGGUUCCCUUGUAGUGGUAUUUCUCUUCAUUUGUACAGAUAUUCUGUU